AUGCUCGACGUGAUCGAUUUUAUCAAGGAGCGCGGUGGCGACCCCGAGAAGAUUCGCGAAUCCCAGCGUCGUCGACACGCCCCCGUUGAGAUUGUCGACGAUAUCAUUGCCCUCUGGGAAGACCACCGCAAGACACUGUACGCCGCCACACAGUUCAACGGCAAGAUCAACGACGUCCAGAAGCAGAUUGGCGCCAAGAAGAAGGCCAAGGAAAACGCCGACGACUUGCUCCAGCAGAAGAUUGCUCUCGAGAAGGAGAAGAAGGCCAUCAACGACGAGGCCACCGAGAAGGAUGCCCUACUGAAGAAAAAGGUCAAGAGUGUAGGCAACAUUGUUGAGGACUCUGUGCCGGUCAGCAACAACGAGGAUGACAAUGUGGUCCAGAGAACCUGGGCACCAGAGGGUGUGACUGUCGAGAAAAAGCAGUGCCUCUCCCACCACGAAGUCCUUCUUCGCCUCGAUGGCUACGACCCGGAGCGCGGUGCCAAGAUUGUCGGCCACAGAGGUUACUUCUUGCGCCGAUGGGGCGUCUUCCUCAACCAGGCCCUCAUCAAUUACGGUCUUGAAUUCCUCGAGAAAAGGGGCUAUACACCUCUCCAGACACCGCAGUUCAUGCUCAAGGACUACAUGGCCAAGACGGCGCAGCUGGAGCAAUUUGACGAGGAGCUGUACAAGGUGUCAGACGGUGACCCGAAGAUGGACAAGUACCUCAUCGCCACCUCUGAGCAGCCCAUCUCCGCCUUCCAUGCCGAUGAGUGGCUGGUCAACAAGGACCUUCCUAUCAAGUACGCUGGCUACAGCACAUGCUACCGCCGUGAGGCGGGUAACCACGGCCGUGAUGCAUGGGGCAUCUACCGUGUCCAUCAGUUCGAGAAGAUUGAGCAAUUUCUCUUGACGGAUCCGGAGAAGUCGUGGGAAGCUUUUGAAGACAUGAUCAAGAUCUCAGAAGAGUUCUAUCAAACACUGGGUCUCCCGUACCAGGUCAUCGCCAUUGUCUCGGGCGCGCUCAACAACGCCGCUGCCAAGAAGCUCGAUCUUGAGGCCUGGUUCCCCUUCCAGGGCGAGUACAAGGAGCUGGUCUCUUGCUCGAACUGCACUGAUUACCAGUCGCGGGCUUUGGAGAUCCGCUACGGCGCCAAGACACAGACCGACGUCAAGAAGAAGUAUGUGCACUGCUUGAACUCGACGCUCUGUGCCACUACUAGGGCCAUGUGCUGCAUCCUGGAGAACUACCAGACUGAGGAGGGUCUUAACGUCCCUGAGCCGCUGCGCAAGUAUCUGCCCGGUGCGCCCGAGUUUAUCCCGUACGCGAAGGAAUUGCCCAAGGACUCCACGUCCACUAAAUUGGCGAAGCGAGAGAAGAAUGCAAAAUAG